AUGGCAAGAAACAUAGGAUGUGUUAUGUUUAAUGAAAAUGAUAUUGCAAAUGGAUUUGGAACAACAGCAUGUUCUUCAGUUGAAUAUUCUCGAAUAAGUGCAACAGGGAUUGUCUGUUAUAAUCAAGGAGAAUUAGGAGAAUAUUUAAGAGAAGAAGAUACAAUGAUGGUUCAGAAUUAA